CUCAUUUCAUUAUUCUACUCUAAUCUAUUUAUUAUUGAAUUCAACACUCCUUAGCCAUUUUCCUCUCUUCUUCUUCCUCCAUGGAUUCCACAUCAUCAAUGAGAUACCAAGAGGAACAAAAAUCAUCUCUCACUUCACUACCUUCACCAAAAACUCAAAGCAAUGGACACAACCAUAGCCAUAACCAAAUUCCUUCACCAAGACCCAUUUCACUACCUUCACCAAAAACUCAAACUCAAAGCAAUGGACACAACCAUAACCAUAACCAUAACCAAAUUCCAUCACCGAGACCCAUAACAAGAUCCGAACCAGGUAACCCAUAUCCAACAACAUUUGUUCAAGCUGACACAACCUCGUUCAAACAAGUUGUUCAAAUGUUAACUGGUUCCUCGGAGACAGCAAAACAAGCUUCAACUUCAACAAAAGCAAACCAUAACCAUAACAUUCCUCCAAAAAAACAACAAGGUUUCAAACUCUAUGAAAGAAGAAACUCAUUUCACAAAAACCUUAACAUUAACCCUUUAUUACCACCCAUUUUCUCAAACUCAACUUUCUCACCUCGUAACAAACAAGAGAUCUUGUCACCUAGUAUCCUAGAUUUUCCUUCUCUUGUUCUUAGCCCGGUUACACCACUUAUACCCGACCCAUUUAACCGAUCCGGUUCUUCUUCUUCUUCUUCUGCUGCUAGAAAUGGUUCUUCUUUGGAUUCUUUAGCUGAAGAUAAAGCUAUAAGAGAAAAGGGUUUCUUUCUGCAUCCUUCUCCUAGAGCUGCUUCAACUUCUAGAGACUCUGAACCUCGUUUGCUUCCUCUUUUUCCUACUUCUUCUCCUAGGGCUUCAGGUCCUUCAUCUUCUUCAAAAUAUUCUGCAUCUUGAACCUUUUUUUUGUUGUAAUUUUUAUUAUUUUUGUUCAUUUUGGAUUUUCUGUUAGAUUAUUUUAUUGCCAUUGUUGCUAAUGAAAUGGAUUGAUUUGUAUUAGUGUUUUAUUUUAUGGAAGACAAUUCAAUAAUCUUUUGUCGAGUCGGAUCAA